AUGUCAUCGGGCGGCGAUUUCAGCGACCGCACAAUUUUAUUGCGCUCAAAUUCAUCGGGCUCCGACGGCGAUCUGGAGCGAGGAGGCGGCCAUUCGCCGGUCAGGAACAGCGGCGGCGGCAAUAAGGGGGGAUUUGCGGCGGAUCUGUUGAAGCGCCUCGAUCGCGGGCUUUCGGGCUCGGGUCGCAGGCUCAGUGUCAAGCUCCGGCCCGACAGGGAACACCACCGCCUCUCUUCCGCUUCCCCCUCUUCGCCGCUUGUGCCGCCGGAUCACGGUGGUGGUGCUGGCGCCAAUGCGGCGUCCGGUGAUGAUUUCCUCGGGGAGAGUGCGCCGCCGGAGUGGGCGUUGCUGCUUAUCGGGUGCCUCCUCGGAGUUGCAACGGGCCUUUGUGUCGCAGCUUUUAACCGUGGGGUACACAUUGUACAUGAAUGGGCAUGGGCUGGUACUCCAAAUGAAGGCGCUGCAUGGCUUCGGCUACAAAGGCUAGCUGAUACUUGGCACCGCAUACUUUUGAUACCAGUCUUGGGUGGAGUAGUUGUGGGUGUUUUGCAUGGUCUUCUUGAAAUACUGGAUCAAAUAAAACAGUCCACUUCUUCUCAAGGACAAGGCUGGGAUGUGCUUUCUGCAAUUUUUCCCACUGUGAAGGCUAUCCAAGCUGCUGUGACUCUUGGGACUGGAGGUUCUUUAGGUCCUGAAGGCCCCAGUGUCGAUAUUGGAAAAUCGUGCGCUAAUGGGUUCUCAGUGACAAUGGAAAACAACAGGGAACGGAAGAUUGCUCUUGUUGCUGCUGGUGCAGCUGCUGGAAUUGCUUCAGGUUUCAAUGCAGCAGUUGCUGGAUGUUUCUUUGCUAUUGAAACAGUUUUAAGGCCUCUCCGUGCUGAAAACUCCCCUCCAUUUACGACAGCAAUGAUAAUAUUGGCAUCUGUUAUAUCAUCUACUGUAUCAAAUGCUGUUCUUGGGGAGAAACAGGCGUUCACAGUGCCCACGUACGAUUUGAAAUCUGCUGCUGAGCUACCUUUGUACCUUAUAUUGGGGAUGCUAUGUGGAGUAGUAAGUGUGGCUUUCACUCGCUUGUUGGCAUGGUUCACUGAGGUAUUUAAGUUUGCCAAAGAGAAAUACGGGAUUCCAGACGUGGUCUGUCCUGCUAUAGGAGGUUUAGGAGCUGGGCUAAUAGCUCUCAGGUAUCCUGGAAUAUUGUAUUGGGGGUUUAAUAACGUUGAUGAAAUAUUACACACUGGAAAGAAUGCCUCGGCACCUGGAAUAUGGCUUCUAGCUCAAUUAUCUGCAGCCAAAGUGGUCGCUACUACUCUUUGUAAGGGGUCUGGGCUCGUCGGUGGGUUAUAUGCCCCAAGUUUGAUGAUUGGUGCUGCUGUGGGUGCCGUAUUUGGGGGCUGUGCGGGGGAGAUUAUCAACAAGGCUAUUCCAGGAAAUGCUGCUGUUGCCGAGCCUCAGGCCUAUGCGUUGGUGGGAAUGGCUGCAACAUUAGCUUCUGUUUGUUCUGUGCCUCUAACUUCAGUUCUUCUUCUCUUUGAGCUGACGAAAGAUUACAGAAUCUUGCUUCCUCUCAUGGGUGCCGUUGGAUUAGCCAUAUGGGUGCCCUCUGUGACAACCCAGCCGAAGGAGGCAGAGGCAUCAGAUACAAAAAACUCUCCACGAGGCUAUCACAUUGUAUCACCUAUUGACGACAAAAACGAUGAUUUUUGGAGACAAUCUGGUGACGGGAAUGAUAUAGAACUCUCGGUUAUUGGAAACUCCAGUAGCUAUCAGUCAUUAGAUAUUGACUUUUUACUAGAGAAUAUGAAGGUUUCUAAAGCAAUGUCAAACAACUAUUUGAAAGUUUCUUUAUCUCUAACUCUGAGAGAGGCACUAAACCGUAUGCGUGAUGACCAGCAGAAUUGUGCCCUUGUGGUUGAUAGCGAUGAUUGUCUGGAAGGUAUUCUGACAGUUGGCGACAUAAAACGAUAUUUGUCCAAGAGAUUUGGUGAUGCUUCGAACAAUGACUCUGCAGAUGUAAAUACAUCCACUGUUUCGUCUAUUUUCACGCGUAGCAUAAUCUACCGUGGCAGAGAGCGUGGGCUUCUGAUGUGUUACCCAGAUACAGAUCUGGCAAUGGCAAAACAACUAAUGGAGGCUAAGGGAAUCAAACAAUUGCCCGUCCUCAAACGAGCCGAAGGUUCUCAACGAGAUCGGAAAAAACGCAGGAUUGCAGCCAUACUUUAUUAUGACUCCAUCUGGAAUUGUCUAAGGGCCGGCCCUAGGCCAGGCGACUUGGGCUACGGCCCAGGGCCCAAUCCAUAG